AAUUACCUAGCCUUACAACGAAUUAAUCAGGAUCUGGAGGAUAAGCUUUACAGAAUGGGUCAACAUUAUGAAGAGGAAAAACGGGCUUUGAGCCAUGAAAUAAUUGCACUCAAUAAUCACUUAAUAGAAGCCAAGGUGACGAUAGAUAAGUUGUCAGAAGACAAUGAGCUCUACAGGAAAGACUGCAAUUUAGCUGCUCAGCUUCUCCAGUGCAGCAAGAACUAUGACAGGGCACAUAAACUUUCAGAGUUGCCAACAGACUUUCAGGAAAGAGUCAGCAUCCACCUGGAAAAGCACGGGUGCAGCCUUUCCGUCCCCUUGUGCCACACUUCUUACGCUGAUACCAUCCCCACGUGCGUCAUCGCCAAAGUCCUGGAGAAGCCCGACCCGAACAGCUUGUCCUCACACCUGUCAAGCCCAUCUACGAGGGAUCUCAACUUCCAGGACUCUGCUGGAAAAGCGGGACAAAGACCCCAGUACAAGUCCGACAUCUACUGCAGUGACACAGCCCUCUACUGCCCCGAGGAGAGGAGGAGGGAGAGGCGGCAGAGCGUGGACACGCAGGUGAAAGACGUGGGCUUCCUGCGGUCCCAGAACUCCACGGACAGCACUGUCGAAGAGGACGGUUUCCAUUCCAGCUUCUCCCACGAAGCCUUCCCAGAGUACAUUACCUCUCUGCCGACCUCCAGCUCCUACUCCAGCUUCAGCGUCACAUCUGAGGAGAAGGAGAAUGCCCAAGCCAACACCCUGACAGCCUCUCAGCAAGCGAUCUACAUGAGCAACCGCGAGGAGCUGUUUGAAAGGAAGUCCCCCGCGGGCUACGAGCACCAGGGCAGCCCCAGGUUUGCCAAGCCCAAGCCCGCGCAGCACAUGGAGCUGGCCGACGACAACGAGAACUCGCCCACGUUCACCAGGACUCUGCCUCCGUAUGCAAACGAACCUUUUCACUUCUCAGCCAUAACGCCACAGCAGGCUUUAGCAAACCAGAAAAUGAGGAAUGAGUGCAGGAGCACCCACCUUUCAGAGGAAGACUUGCCAGGGCGAUGGAGGCAGCUGAGCGUGGAGGACAUUGGAGCGUACUCCUACAGGAACGCUGGCAGGCUGUCGCCCUGCAGUUUCUCAGAGCAGUACUACAGCAGCCCCAUCAAGAAGGGGGACAGUCGAACAAGCCCCAUCUAUGCUAGCUACAAAGCAGACAGCUGCUCAGAGGGAGACGACAUCUGCCAAAGCAGACUUGUGGAUUCUUGCUUCCUGAGAACAGACAGUGGCCUGAACAUUGACAUCAGCACAAGCUGUAAACAGGACAAAUUGCCCACUUACAAAACAAAAGAAUCAAGAGACCAAAAAAACGAGCGGAUCACUGUCCAGUUAUGCAGUAGCAAAAACAUGGAGAAUAGCCCGGUAUUGAAAAGAGAGUACGUGGACGUGAGCCCCAACAGCUCAGCAGAGUCACUCAACCAGAGCUCAGUGGAGGCUCCAGAGAUGCACCAGGCUUCCGUGGACCAAGGGAGCCACUCGGGAGUCCACGGCAAACAGCCGCAGUUCCAGCGGACUGGGAGCACUGGCCUGAGUCGGAAGGACAGCCUUACAAAAGCACAGCUAUACGGAACCCUCCUCAACUAGGCACCUCCCCCGACGGCAAUAAGACAGCAGACAAAAGGAGGAAAGCAGCAUUUGAUACUUCUGGUGAACCACAGGGUUCCAAGAAACAGGAUUAUUAUAAAAUAUAUAUUCAUAAUGGUACUAUAUGUUUAAAACAAAAUCUCUUCAGAAACGUUAUACAGCACUUUUCACUUGACAUCCUUUCCACAUGGGAGACUGUCCCCUCCCCUCUUUUAUAAACCUGAAGUAUUUUUAUAAACAAAAAUGUAUUUAUUAGACUAUCCUAAGCUAUUUGAGCAGAAUUCUUUUCCCUUCAAGCAGGUUUCUUAUUUAUUUUUGUGCAUGAGGCCAUCUGUGCCUAAAUUCUUGGAGGAAAAGGGUAAAAUCAUGAUGGCGGUGACAAAAAAAAUAAAUCCACCUGAUAAAAUACCAUAAAAUGUCAUGUGAAAUCAAAACAAACAAGAAUGGUGAAUUUGAAGAAGUAUAUUUUUCAACAAGAAUGGAAUUGUAUCUUAAAUUAUUUCAUACAAAUGUAUUUAUUAGUGACUAAUGUAUGCACAAAGUGAUACUAAUAUUUUGUUCUUUUAAUCCACUGUGUUUCUGCUUUCCUAUUUUUCCUUGUAUACUACCUCAAAAGUAAUUGAGGGUUUCUUUGUCACAUUUUCUGUAGGCUUGCAUUUAUAUUGUCUAAAAUGCAUGCAGUGUCAUAAUUAAUACUGUAUUUUGCAUAACUUAAUAAAAGACACCAGUGGAUAUA